UUGAUAUAUGCGUCCUUGCAGACCAAAGAGGAUGACAUGUUGCGGUACAAGUUGGAACGUGUCCCUUUCUUAGAAGAGAAAGUGAGAAAAGUUAGGGAAAAUGGGAAGAUCAUAUGCUUGGACAUCAACCAGCUGAUGUUAUCUCAAGAGAAUAGAUUUGCUUUCACAAUAGAGGUGGCUGAGGAAGCUAACUCUUAUCUUGAAAAGAACAGGCAUGAGUAUGGACUGAAAAAACCUAUACUACAUGUGCUCAGUGACCGCAUGAAUGAAGCUGGGUUUUCUCGGCCGGAAGGCUACCUUUAUCCUUAUCCUAUUAAGCCUGGUCCUUAUUUUAUUAAAGAAGAAGGGCACUGAAUAAACCUCAUGCUCUACAGUAAGUAUAUUUCACAGCCUACUUGCCAAAUGACCUUUUUUAAGUCCUGCUUUUCCCUCCAA